AAUAGGAAAGAUGAAGUCGUUUGAGAGUUAGUGAAGUCAGCGGGUUAUGAAGUAGCACAACUUUAACGAUAGCCAACGUUACUGCAGUAACCUCGUGAAUCUAACAUAACUCUUGCGUUUGCCGAACUACAUUUGGGCUCUAUUGAUUUGUACGUCUGGAACCAGACUAAGUCGGAUCCGCUCUUGGAGAAAAUAUCUGCAUAUCCGCGCUGUAGUAAAGUAUUUAUAGUACACAGCAUAUUAAAACUGAGCCAAUGCUAAAGCUAUCUUCUCGUAGCACUGAACAGGUGAUGUUGGGAGGCACAGGUUCUGGCCAGGCUCCAAAAACGAAAGAAGAUAGCGAGCUACGUUCGCUAACCUGUUAGCUGUCAUUAAUUCUGCCCCAUGCUGAGUCAGCUGUUUCCUCAAAACAAUAUAACAUAGAUUAGCUAAACUCUUAGCUACCAUUAGUCCAGUCUCACGACGAGUCAGCUGUUUUCUCAAAACAGGAGAAACACUUUGAUAUUGAGGAAAAGUCUGUUGUUUGGGACAGGAGCACAAAUGUGAUAUUAGCUAACGUGACUUACUGCACUUUGCCCUGCAGCUAACGUCAUUUUGAUUGCUCAACUAAAUUUGUAUUCGAUUGUGUGUCCGGAGCCAGGCUAAUAGGUUGGGUCAAUUCUUGGAUAUUAUAGGAGUCACAUACAGAUGGAUUUUUCUAGUAUUUAUAACACAUAUGAAACAGCAAAAAGCACUGAGCUAGUUCCAAAAGUGAGAAAGAUAGUUAGCUAAGUUAGCUAACCUAUUAGCUAUCAUUAGUCCCGCCCCACGCUGGGUCGGCCAUUUUCUAAAAACAGCAGGAACAUAAAGGAUUUGUUGUAAAAAUGUGGUGGGAAAUAAGCGGAAAAAAAAUUAAAAAUAUGUAAUUAUUGGUUGCGCUCAGUUUAUAUGAUGGAAUAAUAUAACCAAGUCCAAGGUGUUUUAUCCAAUUGUUAUUUUACACAAAUUAAAAAUGGAAGCAGUGUCAUAAAAUAUACCUUAUUAUUCCAUAUAGACCAAAAAAGUUGGGUCUUUUAACUAGAUUUUAAUACACAACUACACCAUUAAAGAUGGUGGAACUGUCAUAGUUUCAAAUAUCUAACAAAUUAAUGAAAUUAUGCAGACCAAAAUAAUAUGGAGGGAAACUGGGGCUUUAGGGGCCCCUGGGGCCUGUGGACAGUUUCUCACUUGGCCCGGCUAAUAAGUUGGCUCAGUUCUUGGAUCUUGUUGCAGUCAGAUUAAGGGGAACUGUCUUGGUUAUUUGCAGUAGGUAUUUAUUUGUUUUUAAUAAAUGUCAGAGUGAUUUGAUGUCCUCAGCCUCACCAUGUUUAUUCAUACCUCUGCUGCCUGCGCGUUGUUUGACCACCAAUUGUGCUGCCGUGUUUGAUUACACUCAACACUGUCGCGUGUUCAAACAUGCAGCUCUCUGACUUAUGUGUUCACUGUCACAAAGGACAAGCCCGACAUUUACUGUAUGAAUCAGAGCUGAUGAUGAUGGUGAUCUUGAUGAUGAUGGAUGGAACAGAGGGCUGGAGGCAGAGGGGGCAGAAUCGAGGAGGAGGGGCCGAUGUGGUCGUCGUAUUCACUUUGCUUUCUAAUUGGAGCCUCAGAUAACAAAAGGCAGAGACACUUCAGCUGCUUCUCUGGAGGAAAAGAGAAGCUGAAGGUCAGAGGAGAAGCCCCGAGAGACCUCUCGGCCCCGAAAUAGACACUUCUCAGCCACAACUCCACCGAAGAAGCUGGACGAGACCAAGACGACGACGGUCGGGACGAGGAGGACGACAGGAGGAACUCCUUGUGAGCAGAGAUAUGGAUCAGUCAACAACGAACAGAUAGACAGACGGACAGAUCGAUGAGAGGGAGGACAAAUGAAGGAAACCUCAGACUCGAAGACUUGAAGGUGAAGGAACUGAGAUGAUCUCAGAGGAACCUGAACCGAUUCAGCUCUGCCAGAAAUAACCUCCAGAGGUUCAACAUGCGAUUGAGUCAAGCCUCCAACGUCACUCCGGACGUCACUGUGGUGGCGGCGAGCAACCACCCCAACACCUCUGGCACCAUGCCCGCCUCAUCUCUCCAUCCGUCGUCCUGCAGCUUCGACGAAUCCUACAAGUACGUCUUCCUUCCCGUCUGCUACUCGCUGACCUUCCUCUUCAGCGUCAGCCUCAACUCGGUGGUGCUGCUGCGCUCCUGUCGCCUCCGUGGCGGCUGCUGCGCCGGCGGCGGUAGCAGUAGUGGCGGGCGACGCUGGAACACCUCGCUGAUCUACAUGGUGAACCUGGCCACCACGGACCUGAUGUACGGCCUGUCGCUGCCCUUUCUGGUGGCGAGCUACGUGCUGAGGGACAGCUGGGUGUUCGGGGACUUCAUGUGUCGCCUCGUACGCUUCCUCUUCUACUUCAACCUCUACUGCUCCAUCUUCUUCCUCACCUGCAUCUCUGUGCACAGGUACUUGGGGAUCUGUCAUCCGAUGAGGACCAUCACCCUGGAGAGCAAGCGGGUGGUGAAGGGUACCUGUGCGUUGGUGUGGGUGGUGGUUUUCAUCCUCACCUGCCCCAUCUUCAGGUUCGCCCAGACAGGAUACAUCAGACGUGGGGGCGGCACAGUCGCUGGGCCCGGAGGGACGAGGGACGGUGAGAACAGGACUGGGGAACAGGACGGGGAGGGAUACAUGAACUGCUGGGAUGACGCCAUCGACAAGGAAUUUGCAGACUACGUCCCGUACGGCAUCGUCCUGCACCUGCUGGGCUUCUUUGUGCCCUUCGUCAUCAUCGCCUGGUGCUACUCGCAGGUGGUCAGGACGAUAUUUCAGACCCUGCGUUCUCCUCCCAGCUCGAUAGAGGGCGGUGAGGACUGUCAGGUGGGGGACGGGGUGACAGAAGGAGUCAGAGAUCGGGAAAGAACCUCGGUCUCCAUCUCCGGCUCGCAGUACUCCCACUACAUCCGGCGGCGGCGGAAAUCGAUCAAAACCAUUGUCACCAUAACGCUGCUGUUUGCGCUCUGCUUCCUGCCCUUCCACGUUACGCGGACGCUGUUCCUGCUGCUGCGGCGGGGGCAGCUCGGCGGCUGCAACCUCAUGAAAACUGUCUCCAUUUGCUACAAGGUCACCCGGCCGCUGGCCUCCUGCAACGCCUGGCUCAAUGCCCUCCUCUACUUCCUGACAGGGGACAAGGGUGGCCCCUGCUGCUGGCCAGCAGAGCACGCCGUCCGUCGGGACCCCCGCAGCGGCUCCCUCUGGUGGCCGCUGAAGAUCCUCAAAAAGGAGGGGGCGGGAGAGGACGACCAGGAGGCGGUGGAGCAGGUUAAAAGGGAGGUGCACAUGGAAAAUGAGUCCAAGUCUUCAAGAGUAAUCUUCUAGGAAACUGGUUUUUUUAAUUUUAAAUUGAAGACCUGGGGCCUCUGGGUAUUGUUUGAAACCUUUUGAAGAUGUUUGACCGUCUCAUGUAAACAAGUCAAUAAAAACACUCAACUGUUCUAUAACUCAGCCCCCACAGUGAGCAUGACCCAGGGAGCAACAUGUGCUGAAUCAUGUCCUGUGGAGAAUUGUUUUUAUUUAAAGUAUCAGUAACGUGACCUCAGAUGUCGGAUUCAUUGCAUGACUCAAAUCCAGUUAAAUGAGUAAUUUGUACCAUCGGAUCACUCACUGUUUGUCCUCAGAAUACUACAAUAUCUGACAUUUAUCGUCUCCAUUUGUCCCCCAGAACUCUCAGUACUUAGAUUUAAGGUGGUUUUCUUUCGUAUCGGGGUUUAGGUGGAUAAACUUGUGGUUUGGACUGUUAAAGACAAAAUCCCUGCUGCACUAAUCCUAAACAGAUUUUUUUUUUGUAAAUAUACACUGAGUUCAAACCGUCAGUGCUCCUCAUCAAUCUGUCGAACUUUUUUUUUUUUUAAAUAAAAUGUCAAACUAGUGGAAAAUGGUCCGAGAGUCCAGGAGCAAAGUGACGUCUCCAAACUAUUAACGAUUAAUUUUUACAAGGAGUGAAGUAAAUAAAACGGAGGAAGUUUUACAUUCUGCCCAGUUCAGAGGUUAGAACCAGAGUGACUGGCAUUUUAAUAACUCAAUAAAUAAUCAAUUAACUGAUUAAACUUCAGGACCUCACCAGUGGAAUCACAAAGGCAAAAGAUACUUUAAGAAAAGUUUCCACGUAACUUUUACAUAUUUGUUCCUGUCGCAAACAAACCACUUUGACCCUGUAAUGUAGAGGAUAAGCAGGUUGCCGACUCUUUUUAUGACUCAUUAGUGAAAACAAAGCUUCACUGAAUCCUCCUGGAACAUGUAAAUAUAUGUUUCUUUAACAUGCGGCCAUGUUACUGAGUCUGAACGUGUUUUCGUCAAAGAGCGACACUUUGCAUGAUGGACGUUGUUGUUGUUGUUGUUCUUGAGCUCAGGUCAUUCUGUGAUGUCACACCUCUUUUUUUUUUCAUGGAGAAACAUCUGGAUUAAAGUCUGUUGACGUCA